UAAAAGUCGCGAGCAACAAUUUCAACACGACUGUUGAUGCGACCGCUGUUUGCGUCCGUUCGGUCAACAUAAAUAAAAUCGCGUACACUGAGAGUGUGUGUGUUAUUUUUCUGUUUCAAUUCUCCUCUUCUUUUUUUCUCUCUUAUUAUGUUCAUUUCGCUGCUUUAAAGAAGUCCGCGAGAGUUUCGCGUUACGAGAAAUCGGUAAAAUCAAUCGAGCCGCGCCAACGAAAAGACGUGCACUCUCCGAGAUCGGUCGUUCAAAGUUUACAUACAUACUACAACAACAUUACUACACAUACACUUCUCGAGGAUCGUUCAAUUCGCGUCAUUGCAAAUACUACUUUUAAAUUUUUGUUUUGUUUGAAACAAUGUCGUUUUUAAAGAGCAUGUGGAAAGUGGGCUCCAAGCACAAAAAAUUAUCCGAGGAGCUGGCUUUGCAAAAUUGUAGAGAAGAGGACGUCGAGGUUGACAAUGAUGUUGUCACAUUCAAACUCAAAUAUUUAGGAAAUACUGUCGUGGAGAAGGUGAUCGGGGAGAAAAUUGGACCGGAGGCUGUUAAGAGUAUAUUGAAAGUCGCCAAAGCUUCGAGGAAAAAGUUGACGCCUGUCAAUUUGAAUAUCUCCUUGAAGGGGAUAGCAGUCACCGAUCUCCAAGGAAAUGACAUGUUCAAAGUCUCCAUUUAUAGAAUUUCAAAUUGUUCUACGGACGCGUCCCAUCGUCAAGUAUUCUCCUUCAUCUCGACAGACAACAACGAAACGACGGAAUGCCACGCAUUUUUGUGCUCGAAACGCAAAAUCGCUGAAACUGUAACGUUGUCCGUUGCACACGCCUUCAGCACGGCUUACGCUGCCUGGCGGAUAUUGCCAUCGACAAGGGAAUUUGCGCAAAUCGCCGAUCAAGAGGAAACGGCCAAGGAAAAUAAUGAUAACACGUUGCAGCAUUUAAUUGAUCUCGAUGAAUCUUCUCUAGCUAAUCAACAACAGCAAAACCCAUGGGUCUCGUUCGAAGAUGACUUCAGCGCUUCUCCGAGCCACCACAGUUUCAACAAGGACGUGGACUUGAUCGUCGUUUGAAGCUUUCUGCAUUUACUCCUUAAUCACCUUUACUCUUAAUGUUCGUUUUUAGUUAAUAAUUUAAAGUUUACAUAUGUCUCUCGCAUUAUAACGUACGUAAAAUUUAAUUGACGAGCCAAUCGAAACGUAUUUAUAUUUAGAAGA